GCACUGCCGAGCUCUCUAGCCUUCCUCUGUCCCUGCCUGGGAGGGUGUUACUGGCCGGUCGCCUACUUUCCUCAGGUGAUUCUCGCCACAGCCUAUUGCCUGCGGCGGCCGGCGCAAUUUAGUUGCAGUCCCCAAAGCGUCCCAGAGUCCCUCCGGAGAGGCAGCGGCGAGUCCAUGGAGAAGGGUCCGGUGCGGGCGCCGGCGAAGCCGCGGGGCGCCAGGUGCAGUAAUGGGUUCCCCGAGGGGGAGCCACCGCGACCCGGGCCGAGCGGGCCGGCAGAGAAACCGCCCCGGCCGGAGACCAAGAGCGUCCAGCCGGCGGACGGCUGGAAAGGCGAACGGCCCCGGAGCGAGGAGGAUAAUGAGCUGAACCUCCCCAACCUGGCAGCCGCCUACUCGUCUAUCCUGCGCUCGCUAGGCGAGGACCCCCAGCGGCAGGGACUGCUCAAGACGCCCUGGAGGGCGGCCACAGCCAUGCAGUUCUUCACCAAGGGCUACCAGGAGACCAUCUCAGAUGUCCUAAAUGAUGCUAUAUUUGAUGAAGAUCAUGAUGAGAUGGUGAUCGUGAAGGACAUAGAUAUGUUUUCCAUGUGUGAGCAUCAUCUCGUUCCAUUUGUUGGAAAGGUAAGGUUUUCUCUGUUUCCUAGUAAUUUUAAAAAGCACAUUAAAGUUUUUAAAUUAGGAUUAUUAUAUUUAAAAUCGAUUGUAGAAAUCUAUAGUAGACGAUUACAAGUUCAAGAGCGGCUGACGAAACAAAUUGCCGUGGCAAUCACAGAAGCCUUGCGGCCUGCUGGAGUGGGGGUGGUGGUUGAAGCCACACACAUGUGUAUGGUAAUGCGAGGGGUGCAGAAAAUGAACAGCAAAACUGUGACCAGCACGAUGUUGGGUGUGUUCCGGGAAGAUCCAAAGACUCGGGAAGAGUUUCUAACUCUCAUUAAGAGCUGAACUUCAGCAUGUGUCAUGUGCUUUGAGGAUCGUGCCACUAGUAACAUUGUUUGGUCUUAAUUGUUUGUACAUUCCAUUUUCAAUUGUUACAGAUGUGAACUUUAUUCCUUGUCACUAAUGGUGUUUAAUAAUUAUUUAUAGCAAAUCAAAUAAAAAUAAUUAACAAAGGGGUGAGCCCUCUACUUUCUUCUUGCCACCUUUUAGUGGUAACUUUCAAGGAAACCGCCCAUAGUGUAAGUUACAUGCACAAAACCACUGCCAUUGGGAUAACCUUGAGGGUGCUGGGAAGGAAGAAAAAUUCA